AUGACCCGACUUCUGGGCUUCUUCACAGCGCUAUACAUACUCUGCUCUCUCCCAGGAAUAUCUGCCUGGACCUUCAUUUGGAGAAACGUCAGCGACACCCCGACUGUCGAAGAAGGCACUGGCGCACAGCCCUGCAAGGCAAUCGACCAUGCAAAAGGCAAGUAUUUCAAAUUCGACGCCGGGGACAGUCUAGUGCGGAUCUACCUGUACGGCUCAUCCAGUUGCACGGAUGGACCUAGCUGGACAGCUGAAGAUUCUCUCGCAAAGAACUCGAGUAGUCCGAUACGGGCGUUCGCGGUCAUUGACCUAAGAGGCGCGAAUACGAGCACUAGUAGCGAGCUCGAGCCUUUCCCUGGGAACGACUGGUUCAAGUCAUCUCCUAACAGCCCGAUUGUGACUGCCAUGGGAAAGCGACUGGUGGCGGAAGGCUGUGGGAAGUACAAAGACGGUCCGGGACCCCAGUGGACUGAGGCGGACCAGCUAUCUUAUCAGUGUUGGCAAAAGAAGCUUGGCUACACUGCUGCGGACGCCGAUGGGUGGCCCGGGAAGACGAGUUGGGAUCAGCUCAAGGUGCCUCUAACGCAGAGAACGGCGUCUUCUACAACUGCGGAGACACCGUCGAAUACGAGAACGGAGACGCCGUCGAAUACGAGAACGGAGGCGCCGUCGAAUACGAGUACGGGUACACCUACAGGUAUGUUUGCUUCGGAUACGACUGCCUCCACGAGGUCAUCACUUGGCCCGGGGGAAAUAGCUGGGGUAGUGGUGGGCUCUGUGGUCGGGCUAGGACUCAUCUCGGCGAUAAUCUAUCUCGCGCGGCUGAUAGGGCGUCGAUCUGCGCUGGGGUCCAAAGAGGAGGAGACAGAGCGAAAGCAAGAGCGUGGUGGCGAUGAUAGUGAAGAUCAUGAUGUCGAUGAUGCUGCAGUAGCAGAAGAAGCAAAGUCAGUGGAGAAAUUACCUCCAGAGGCUGAGGCCAUUCCAGCAAAAGACCCGCCGAAGUACUUUGCCGAGCUUCCAGGAGAUACGGCGACAGCAGAGUUGAGUGACAGUCGAAGGAUCUUUGAGCUGGGAGACGGUCGAACAUACGAUCAAAUUAUGUGGUCGCCUGUUAGUAGCAAGUAG